CAGAAGAAUGGUUGGAUUAUCUUUCUUCUGACCAUGGCUGCAGUGUUCUGGGUGUACCGCUUGGUCAAAGUCAUCUGCAAUCUGCUGAGUUACUGGGAAAUCAGAACAUUCUACAUCAAAGCACUGAAGAUCCCUACGGUCGAGUUGUGUAACUACAGCUGGCAAGAGGUGCAAGCCCGUCUGAUCCUGCUGCAGCGAGAGCAACAGAUGUGCAUCCACAAGAAGGAGCUGACUGAGCUCGAUAUCUACCAUCGCAUCCUCCGCUUCAAGAAUUACAUGGUGGCCAUGGUGAACAAGUCGCUGCUACCCGUACGUCUCAGCCUCCCAUUAAUGGGCGACACCAUCUUCUUCUCCCAAGGCCUCAAGUACAAUUUUGAGAUGAUCUUCUUCUGGGGCCCUGGAUCUCUCUUCCAGAAUAAAUGGAACCUUCAUCCCAAGUACAAGCGUUCUGGAAGCCGAUUAGAACUGGCACGGCAGCUCAGCCGCACGGUGCUGUUAAUUGGCAUUGCCAACCUCCUACUUUGCCCCUUCAUCCUGGUGUGGCAGAUCCUCUAUGCCUUCUUCAGUUACACAGAGGUGAUCAAGAGAGAGCCGGGCAGCCUGGGGGCCCGCCGUUGGUCCCUCUUUGGGCGUCUAUAUCUCCGGCACUUCAACGAGUUGGACCACGAGCUGCAGGCCCGACUCAGCCGAGGCUACAAACCUGCAACCAAGUACAUGAACUCCUUCACUUCACCACUGCUCACCGUCUUCGCCCAGAACCUGGCCUUCUUCUCAGGCUCCAUCCUGGCAGUCCUCAUCGCCCUCACUGUCUACGAUGAGGACGUGCUCACAGUGCAGCACAUCCUGACGGCCAUCACUGUGCUUGGCAUUGUGGUGACAGUGUGCAGGUCCUUCAUUCCCGAUGAGUACAUGGUGUGGUGCCCGGAGCAACUGCUGCAGUGUGUGCUGGCCCACAUCCACUACAUGCCUGACCACUGGAAAGGAAAUGCCAAUAAAUCAGAGACCAGGGAUGAGAUGGCUCAGCUGUUCCAGUACAAAGCGGUGUUUAUUCUGGAGGAGUUGCUCAGUCCCAUCAUCACUCCAUUUGUGCUGAUCUUCUCCUUGCGUCCGAGAUCUCUGGAGAUCAUUGACUUUUUCCGGAACUUCUCAGUGGAGGUGGUGGGAGUGGGUGAUAUCUGCUCCUUUGCACAGAUGGAUGUUCGGAAACACGGGAACCCAAUGUGGCUCUCAGAAGGCCAGACAGAAGCCUCGGUGUACCAACAGGCAGAGAAUGGGAAAACUGAACUCUCCCUCAUGCACUUCACCAUCACCAAUCCACACUGGCACCCACCUCAAGACAGCUCCGUCUUCAUUAGUCACCUGAAGGAGAAGGUACAACAUGAUGCAGCCACUGGUCCACCUGCCCAGCAUCUCCUGUCCGACACACCGCUCUGCAACUCCCUGCUCUCCAACGAGUCAACAAAUAUUCCUGAGAAUCUCAUUGUAAGUUUGCUCACACGCUCGGCACUACCUGGCUCGCUGCUGACUGGCAGAGACGGACGUUUCGGGCAAUCGUGUAGUACUGCUUCGGCUGCUGCUAGCGUCCUGGCUUCACUCUCCUCCACCCACCAUCCAACUCGGACAAGAUCCCACACUCUCCUCGUGGAGAAUGGUGCUGAGAGUUCUCUGUAUCGCAGUGACAGGACCAUUAUGGAAGAGAGCACGUCAGCAAGUGCAGGCUCGGGUAGAUCUCUGCUUCUUGCCAACUUCGCUUCAACAGAAAUGAGUCUUCAUGCUAUUUAUAUGCAUGAGCUUCACCAACAGAGUGCACAGCCCCAGUAUAUGGCACAGGGAUCCCAGACUCUCAGUUCAGUCACUGAACAACCCACUGCUCCAGUGCCCCCGUUGACUUCACCAGAAACACUGACGGCUUAUUCCCAGCUGCACCUCGGGGGCUGGGCAGAAGAGUCUGAGGGGGAAGAUCCCAUUACUGACCCACAAGAACCACAGGACCAUGAGGAAGAAGUGCCUUCUAAGAUGGACAGGGUUUAAAUAUUUGGACUCGACUGAUCUCAUGGCCUUAACUCCUUACAGACUUGUGGCAAAGCGAGUUUCCCAAUCCUGCGGUAUCGAGGCUCGUGGUCAGUGAUUGAAGAUAUUUUCUCCUGGACUUCUCAUUGCACUAAAGAGUCAUCGACGUCUUCCAGAACCUUUUUGUGUUCACGUUGCGCUUUGUCUGCUAUCUGCCCAUGUGGCUAAUCGCAGUGGGCACAGAUUGCAGCUUUCUACAAGCUGAUGUGAAUAUUUUAGUGCAUGUUCUUUUAAGAAGAGAAAAAGAACUUGUGUAUAAGGAAUAAAAUGUUGUCAGUGUUUGUGGCUUUGCUCCAACAGCAUGAGCCACCUUCAUGAGGGACUGUGUGUGGAUUUAAACGGACAAAUAUUGCUGCCGGGUUUAGAGGGGGAGAUGCUGUGGUAAGGGGAGGGGAGGGCAGCCGCAAAAUGACACCAUUGUGAUGGAAAUGAUGCAUUGGAGGAGGACAGGUAAAAUCCAACAGGCCACUGGCUUAUCUUCUUGCCCCUCUGUUUUUGCCUGUUACCUAUUCCAGCAGUACCAAGGCCUGGCUGGGCUGUCGUUAACUUGUGUGUGCUGAGUUUAAUAAUUCAAAGUGGAUUCUAAAGUUUAGAGUCUGCUCUGUGUGGUUGGCAGGACCCCAGGAGUCUAUGAAUAUUGAAGUCACCUUUGAGACCUUCUGCAUGCCCACACCCACCCCAUCUCCAGGUACAGACUUCUCUAACUUUUUAUUCACUUCUUGUGGUGCAAGUUCUAUGGGCAUUGGAACGGCUUCACCUAGUCAUCGUUUACAAGCUAAUAUUACAGGGCAAUUCACCAUGGGAGGCAUCACAGCCACAAUAGCCAGGCCCAGGCUCUACUCGCCCCUACCCCACGCUUCACCUUCAUUCCCUUCCCAAACCUUUACUCCCCAUGCCCACGUAUCAUCGCCUCCCCAAUCCUCCCCUUCCCAGACCCUUGCUCCUCUCUCUCCCUCCUCCAUCCCAAUGCCACUCCGAUGAAUUGUCAGGGUUUCCUCAGGGAUUCUGCUCAGUUCAACUCCACCCCAUGUUGGGAGGUGUCUGUCCACACUCAGACCUACCUCAAGCCAAACUCAUAGACUGACACAUCACCAAAAGAGACUAUUCGGCUCUCCUGUGUAUACAGGCUGUUUAAAAGAGCUUUCUAAUUAAUCCCAUCACUCUGCUGCUGUUUUCCGACAGCACUGCUGUUUUUCUUAAUUCACAUGUUUAUUCAGUUCCUUUUUGAAGGUUCCUAUUGAAUCUACUUCCAUUGCUGUGUCAGGCAAUGCAUUCUGGUCACAUUAACUCCUGCCUGAAAUCCUUUCUCCUGGUUCUUAUUACCUUAAAAUUCUUCGCUCUAGUGACUAACCUCCAGCCUCUAGAAAGUUUCUCCAAUUUUAUUCUCUGAACCUUCAUGAUUAUGGACAUCUUGAUCAAAUCUCUUAACCAUCUCUGCUUGCAUUAAUCAUUGAUUAUUUAUGUAUGAACAGCAAGUGCCAGCAUGUAGCUGCUUGGGACUGGUAAACUAAAGGUGCUGCCUGUUCCCUGGUGUUGAUUCCAGCCGCUCGACCUCCUGCCAGAAGUUGCAGCCUCUGAAAUCCCAGGAUGCUGUGGGGCUGUUUGAAUCAAUGUGCCACAAUGAUGCUGUGAUCUCACUGUUACAACAUUGUACAAUCCUGGUCUGGGAGAGGGGCCUCCUGUAUCUGUUACCAUCCUCACCUGAAACCCAAACACAGCUAAUCCAGCAGAGGGUUUUUUACAGGGCAGAUUGCUCUUGGAACCAGUAUUUAGAAGCAAGAAGAGAGGUACCAUCAGUAAAAAUUUGGUGCCAAGAUAGUGACUCGGAGACACCUGCCCUGUCACACAUUUGAGAAUGUAGAGGUAGCUUUAUUUUGUAUCUAACCCCAUGCUGUACCUGGGAUUUUAAUGUUUUAAUGAAGAUCUGUAGCUCAGGUUGCGGUUGGAAUUGUUGGUUAGUUCGCCAAGCUGACUGGUUUUCAUGCAAACGUUUCAUCUCCCUUCUAGGUGACAUCAUCCUUGCUGUGUAGCCUUCAUCGAAGCGCUGUUGUUCUGUCCUGCUAUGAAUUGACGUGGUCCAGUCUGUCAUGGUGGGCAGUCUUGUUUCCGGUUUUGUACCGUAGUGGUAUGUGGAUGGAGUCUAUUUCAAUAUGUCUACUUCAACGCGUUUGUUGAACAGACAAUGUCUACAUACCACGACGGUACAAAACCAGAAACAAGACUGCCCACCAUGGCUAACCAGACCAUAUAAAUUCAGAGCAGGACAGAACGAUGUCACCUAGAAGGAGAUGAAACAUUUGCACACAAACCAGUCAGUUCAACUAACCAACCAACAACUCUGACCUGCGUGUGUUUGAUGGGGACAGUUUACUUUCAGCUCAAAAGAGAAGAUGAAGUUUGAAGAGAGCACUUUUAGUGCAGUGGUAGAGUCCCUGCCUCUCAGCCAGAAAAGCUGAGUUUAAGACCCAUCUGUGCUGGGAAUGUGCUACACCAUGUUCAAACAGAUUGAUUCAAAACAUUUCCCCAGCAGGCUCUGUUUAACCAUUUUGUGAUUUUGUUUUAUUUAAGAGUAGAGGGAUUUUUACUAUAAUUCUAAUCCUGUGCUGUCCCUUCCCUGGAUGUGUUUGAUGGGACAGUGUCAAGGGAGCUUUACUCUGUAUCUAACCCCGUGCUGUUCCUGCCCUGGGAGUGUUUGGUUGAGGCAGUGUGUGCCAAUGUAAGUAUUAACUUUGACCAGCAAUUCAUACUGGUCAGUGGUGCUGUGUGGUGGUGUUCCCAUUUGAAUGAACUCAUUUUAAAACUAAAUGAUCAGCUACUGGGUGCGAUGAUGUCAGUUGAUUUUACAAAGUGACAACUGCUAAAUAGAAAAGUUUUAUUAAAUAUUUAUAACCAAA